CCUCCUUCCAUUUCCUUUCAUCCAGCAUUCCUUCAUCACCUAUUUUCGCUUGAAACCUAAAACGCCCCAAUGGCAAUGGCUUUUUUCUCAGGCUCAGCUUCAAAGUUAAUAUUCAUGGCAGCAUUAGCCACAUCUCUGUUUGCUCAUAUGGGUCUCGCUGAUGAUUUUUCAAUCGUAGGCUACUCUCCAGAUGACUUAACCUCUAUGGAUGGGCUCAUCGAACUCUUUGAGUCAUGGAUAUCAAAGCACGGCAAGAUUUAUGAAAGUAUAGAGGAGAAGCUGCAUAGAUUUGAGAUUUUUAAGGAUAAUCUGAAACAUAUUGAUGAGACUAAUAAGAAGAUUAGUAGCUACUGGCUUGCAUUAAAUGAGUUUGCAGAUUUGAGUCAUGAUGAGUUCAAAGACAGGUAUCUCGGCUUCAAGACGGAUGUUUCUACAAGAAAAGAGUCUCGUGAUGAAGAAUUCAUUUAUAAGGGUGUUUUAGAUUUGCCCAAAUCAGUCGACUGGAGAAAGAAAGGAGCUGUCACCCCUGUUAAGAACCAGGGUUCAUGCGGUAGUUGUUGGGCGUUCUCUACUGUAGCAGCUGUGGAGGGAAUACACCAAAUUGUAACUGGGAAUUUAACGUCAUUGUCUGAGCAAGAACUAAUUGACUGUGAUACAACAUAUAACAACGGCUGCCAUGGAGGGCUAAUGGAUUAUGCAUUUUCUUAUAUCAUUGCCAAUGGGGGGAUUCACAAGGAAAAUGACUAUCCAUACAUCAUGGAGGAAGGCAUUUGCCAAACAAACAAGGAAGAAUUGGAAGUGGUAACCAUUAGUGGGUACCAUGAUGUUCCGGCUAAUAAUGAAGAGGCUAUGUUGAAGGCACUUGCAAAACAGCCAGUGAGCGUGGCCAUUGAAGCUUCGGGGAGGAACUUCCAAUUCUACAGCGGGGGAGUUUUUGAUGGACGGUGUGGAAGUGAUCUUGAUCACGGAGUGACGGCGGUUGGAUACGGGACAAGCAAAGGGGUGGAUUACAUAAUAGUGAAGAAUUCAUGGGGACCAAAAUGGGGAGAGAAUGGAUACAUAAGGAUGAAAAGAAACAUUGGGAAGCCCGAGGGAGUCUGUGGAAUCAAUAAAAUGGUUUCUUUCCCUACCAAAAACAACUGAGUUUUACUACCAUUAAGUAAAUCUUUUUUUUUUUUUUUUUUACCGUCCAUUGAUUGAAUAAGUUUAACUUUCUUUUUUACCCCUCAGAAAGCGUAUUAUUAAUUAAUGUGCAACGCAUCUACCAUCUCUCUUUGCA